ACAACAUUUGAUGACAUCAGGGAUCGCAUUGAAUGAUGUUUUUGUUGGGGGACACUCUUGACUUCUCUCAUACAGCAGUCUGUAGAAGUCUUACUGGUUCCAACCAGAAACGGUCAUUUUCUGCAACAGUUGGUCCCAAAUGAAUGAAUGAAUGUGAAUGGAAGAUUAACAAAGUCCUAACUUGCCUUACGCGAUCGCACCUUACUAGCCGCCAGAGCACACCCCCAUAGACCAACCACCUGACACACCAUCACUCCUUCUCCAUAAUUCAACUAUUUAACCAAACUCUGCUUGCAUCUCUGCAUUUCUUUUCUUCCUGUGUUUCAAGACUGCAGAGUAGAGCAGUCACAUCUGAAGAUCAUUAUGAGUUGUGGCUGCUUUGGAGCCUCAACUCUCAAGAACAAAAAAAGCAUUUCUCAUGCUACUAAUGAAAUUGAUGGGUUUCCCCUUGAUAAUAUUACGCAUUUCUCUGAAAAGGACCUGAGACUAGCCACUGAUAACUAUCAUCCAAGCAAAAAGAUAGGACGAGGAGGUUUUGGAACUGUUUACCAGGGAACUUUAAAGAAUAGAAGACAGGUUGCUGUGAAGUCCCUUUCAGUUGGGUCAAAACAAGGAGUUCGUGAAUUUUUAACUGAGAUAAAAACUAUAUCAAAUGUCAAGCAUCCAAACCUUGUUGAAUUAGUCGGUUGCUGCGUGCAAGGACCUAACCGUAUAUUAGUCUAUGAAUAUGUGGAAAAUAACAGCCUUGAUCGCGCAUUACUUGGAUCAAGAAGUACAAACAUCAAACUAGACUGGGAAAAAAGAUCUGCUAUUUGUAAGGGUACUUCUAGGGGUCUUGCAUUUCUCCAUGAAGAACUUGUGCCACACAUUGUGCACAGAGACAUUAAGGCUAGCAACAUACUACUUGACAGAGACUUCAAUCCAAAAAUAGGAGAUUUUGGGUUGGCUAAAUUAUUUCCAGAUGACAUCACUCACAUUAGCACGAGAAUUGCUGGUACAACCGGUUACUUAGCACCGGAGUAUGCAAUGGGUGGCCAGUUAACCAUGAAGGCUGACGUGUACAGUUUUGGGGUUCUUAUACUUGAAGUAGUAAGUGGCAAAGGCAGUGCGAGGACAAACUGGGGAGGGUCAAACAAAUACCUCUUGGAAUGGGCCUGGCAACUUCAUGAAGAGGGGAAACUGCUGGAGCUUGUGGAUCCAGACAUGGAUGAUUUUCCUGAGGAAGAAGUAAUUAGGUACAUGAAGGUUGCUUUUUUUUGCACACAGGCAGCAGCAAGCAGAAGGCCACUGAUGUCCCAGGUUGUUGACAUGCUGACCAAGAAAAUCAGGCUCAAUGAAAAGCAACUCACAGCACCAGGGUUCUUCCAGGACUCAGGAGAUUCCUCUCUGAAAAAGUCAACACUUGAAUCCACAAGCUAUCAAUUUAGCUCUGCCCCUGUCAGUAUUACUCAUGUGGCCCCACGUUGAAGACUACACCAAAUUCAUGAUAUUUGAAUUGUGCAGGGUUGGAAAAUAAGACAAGGGAAAAAACCAAAGAGAGAAUUUUUUUCUUUUUUCUUUUAUAGAUUUGUAGAAGAGGUGUAAGUGAGAAAGGGAAGGAAUCAGAGUUUAGGUGAGAAAAACUGUGUAUUGUUUUAUUGAGUUCUGAUUACAGUGUUGUGAAUAUAUAGAAAAGAAAGUUUCAUUUAGAAACUCUCUAACCAACUCCAUGAGCCAUGUGCAAUGAUCAACGAAGUUAUUGUUCGAAAAAAAUAGAGUAUUCCAAAAGUUUAUGGUUCCACAUUAUGCAAA